AUGUUCAUCGCUACCAACCUUAUCAAAGUCAAGACCGGUUAUGGAGACACUCUGGAGAGCAUGUUCAAAGCGCGCGGAGCCGUACAGGACCAUCCUGGGUUCGUCAGCUUUGAGCUGUGGAAAAUGACCAAGACACCGGAUCACGAGGAGUUUCUGGUAGUAACUCACUGGGAGACGGAAGAACACCAUCAGACCUGGACGCGCAGCGACGCAUUUCGUUCAGCGCACGCCGGCGGCCCGCCCGACUUCCUGAUCGGCGGCGGCGAGUUUCACACCUACGAGGUGGUGCACCGCCUUGAUACCUCCGGUGUGGCAGCCGCAGAUUGA